AAAAACAAAACAGGAAGAAAGAAUUGGAAUUAUCAGUCUGUGUGCAUUUAAUCGGAAACAUGUUUCACUUACUAAUCUGAGUUUCAAUAAUCUAACUUAUUUAAUGGAUCUCUACAUACAGUAGUUUGUUUCAUUUUUCUUAUUUUAAAUGUUUAUAUUCUAGGCUAAUUCUUUACAGACAGACAGUGUAGGAACAAAAUCUAUUUUUCAAGGACAAUAAUAAAAAAGAAAUUAAGAGUAGGGUAAAAUAAACAAAUACCAUGCAGAAGCAAGUUUGAUAUGACUUCAGCUGUAUGAAAUAUGAAAGGGAAAUAUGUAUGGUGAGAUUAUAAAUGUGUGGCUUUAAACCACUACAGUGCCGGUUUGCACACACCGUCUCACAAGUCACUGUAGAUAGUAAAGUCAAUUAAUUCGUUUGUAACUAAUAUUACAUGAUUCAUUAGUAAUAUUAGCUAAUAUGAUUAUAUUUUUUAUAAUACUAAUGUAAAAGUUUUAUUGUGCAAACAAAAUUUUAAGCAAUGGUUGCAAGACAGGCUAAAACCAAAAAAAAUAGAAGAAGCUGCUGCAGCUAAGGACUUCCUCUAAAAGCUUCGCAAGAGUGAGAUGAAUGAUAAGUGGAAGACUAUGAUCUAACUCUUAGUCAGGCUCGGCAUUAGAACCUCACUCCAUCAACUUGCAACAUGAAUCAAUCAGACUCAAAGAGCACCACGGAUACUGAUAUUGAAGAAACGAUUUACACUUUGGUGGAGGUUCUCAUUGCAGUAUGCUGCUGUCUUGGGAAUGCAAUGGUUGUUUUGGCUCUGUGGAAAACAAAAAGCAUCCAGCAACCCACCUACUGCUUCAUUGUGUCUCUGGCUGUGGCUGACUUUCUUGUUGGAGCUGUGGCCAUACCGUUGUCUGUGCUGGUGGAUGGCCGAGUGAAAACUUCAUUUCACACUUGUCUUUUCAUCAGCUGUGUGGUGAUCCUGCUAACCCUAGUUUCGGUUCUCUGUUUGACGGCCAUUGCUAUUGAUCGUUAUCUUCGACUCUCUCGCCCUUUCUGGUACAAAAGGACUGUCACCUGGAAGUAUUCAUAUUCUGUGGCUGCUGCAUGCUGGUUUUUUGCAGUACCACUGAGUUUUACUCCAAUGUUUGGCUGGAAUGAAGGACUGAAGACGUUUAAUUCCUCUGAUAAAUGCAUGUUUGUGAAUGUGAUCACCUUGAAUUAUCUGGUCUACUUUAACUUUUUUCUCUGCACCUUAACACCACUGCUGGUGAUGACUGUAUUGUACGCCUAUGUUUUCUGCUACAUUCGAGAAAAUCUCAGAGAGAAACCAGGCAACGGUGCCCAAAACCAGUCAAGGAACUACCUAACGAAAGAGAAACAGCUGGCGUCAUCUCUUGCUCUUGUCUUGGCUCUGUUUGCGCUGUCCUGGCUUCCACUUCACAUUAUGAACUGCAUCUCUUUAUUCACAAACCAUGCAAAUAAAAUAGCUUUUCAUAUCGGCAUCUCUCUUUCUCAUGCUAAUUCCGCAGUAAACCCUGUCGUGUAUGCAUUUAAAAUAAAAAAGAUAAAGAGUGCAUACAUACACAUCUGGAAACGAUAUACUUAUUGUGAAGCAGAAAGUCAAGGAUCUCAGAGCAGCAAGUCUGAUGUUAUGCUCAGCUGCAACAAUAUGAGUGAGACCAAUCAAAGCUAAAGAAGUUUAUCUGUGAAAAUGUUGAAGCCUUUUUUAUUCUAAUCCAUGAUUUUUAUUAAUGCUGAUAAUGAUGGCGUAAAUAGGAAUAGCAAUUAUGCAUAUAUGAAUAUGUUUUUAUUGAUGCUAAUGACAUUAAUGUAUGGACUGUAUUGCUGUGUAUAUAAAUACUUCUUAAUCGUGACAAUAUUGGUAUGUCUAUGGUAUCUUCAUGUAAAGGUAUCUUCUCUUCUUGAAUUUCUUCAGAUGUCUAUUAAUGUGCUUAUCUAUUUGUGUUGGGGUGUGAUGUGAAAUGAAAACAUUUUUCUUGUCUAAAGAAUGUCGGUUUUGCAAUGCAACAUCGUAGAGAGCUUAUGCAUUCCUCUGAAUGGAUUAGGACUGAAGGUGCAGAAUUUGGUACACAAUAGGAAAAAAUGCUGCCAAAGCAAGAGAAACCUGCUUAACAAACAUGUUUAUUUUGUCUUUUGAAGCACUGUCAUCAAAUGUUAUGGUGAAUGCUGAAGUGCAAUGUUGCAAUGUUAAGGUUUGCAUCUCAUUAAGCUUCCCUUUUAUUGUUCAAAAGGAAAUGCACUGCACAAUCUGGAACUGCAUUAUUUCUAAACAGAUCUUUUAGAACGCAUUUCAUGAUUUGUAAAACCUGUGUUUUAUUUACGACUGAUAAUUGUAA